AAAGAAAGAAAUUAUCCUAAGUACAGUGACUGCUAACUGUCAACAGCACGUGCACUCACUCACCUGAAUAUAUGUCUUAGGCUGUAAGAAGAAAGAUAAAUUCGGUUUCAUUUUUUUGUGGGUUUGUGUUAUUAGGGAUUGAGCUUAUUGGUUCUGCUUAUGAUCUACUUUUCUUGAAGAUUUUGAAUCAAUGGCACAGAAGCAGACGCAAGCACCAAAAUUUGGUAACUGGGAAAGUGAAGAAGAUGUCUACUACACUGCUUAUUUUGAUAAUCCCAGGAAAGUUAGGAAAAGUAGCGAGGUGAAUCAAAAUGAUUCUCAUGAAAAUCCCGAGAUUGGAUCUAAGGGUAAAAAGGUAUCAGUUGUAGCAUCGCCAAAACACAACUAUCUUUCUAGACAAGUGAAUGAUGAAAUGAGGAGAUCAACCGAUUCUCCGCUGCACCACCUUGAUGUAAUCAGUCGAAAACCUGCAAUUGACUCAUCUCACAAAUUGCAUGGUGGUGUCCAAUUUGGAAGCCAUAAAUCAGAAUCAGAAGCAAUGAAGGCCCAAGAGAUGCUUAGACCAAGGCAGCGUCGGUUAAGUAGAGAAGAAGUUGAUAUGAGGAGACUUCCUGAUUCCCCACUGCGGUACGAGACUGCAGGACGGAGAGCUGCUUCUGAAUUGCCACAUCAUCGCCAUGGCGUCCUGACUGCGGGUGAUACACCUAGACGAGUCCCUCGGCAGAGUGUAGGGUCUGAUUGCAGCGUCGAACAAUCACCAUUGCACCCUCAUUCCCAGGCACGUGUAGGAGGAAAUGGAAGUCGAAUUUCUUCUCCCUCUUGGGAAAGAAAGGCUACAUCUGAAGGUAGCUACGGCCCAGCUCCCUUCACUCCUGGAAGAUCUCGUCUGAGAUCAGUCACACGAGGCGAUGACACUCCUGAUCACAGCCUUGCUUUGCCCAAAUUUGGUGAUUGGGACGAGACUAAUCCUGCAUCAACCGAAGGAUACAGUCAGAUUUUUAACAGAGUGAGAGAAGAGAAACAUAGCGAUGCAGGAAAUGUACCUGCCGCGCCUACUGAAACGUCUUACUCAAAUGGUGAGAAGCAAUAUGGAAAUGAUAAUCCAAAGGUAUGUGGAUGCUUUCCAUGGGGCAAAAGAUAGAAUGUGGAUGCGUGAGAGGCAUUUGUUCUCAUACGCCAUAAAAUCUGAUCGUUUGUAUAGAUUAACAUUUAUUUAAGAGAUUCGUUUACAUGUUUUGGAAUAAGAAACAACAAUUUCUGUGGAAUUUUUGGUUUGCCACCAAUUCGCUUA